AUGGAUUCGUCUUUUAAACGUCUUUGUGCCCUGUGGGAUCCUUUAUGCAUCACGAAAACUGAAUCAAAAUCAAAAGCGUCAGAAAAACCAACAAUCAAAAAUAUUGUUGUAACAAAUAUACCAUUACCUGUUGGAAUCUUACAUAAUAAAAAAAAUGGCAAGAAUCAAUCAUGGAAUAGUGAAAAUAAUAUCCAAAAAUUACAUCUAAAUGAUCGAAAUACAGAAACAGACAAGGAACAAAAAUCAGGCAGUCAUCAUGAAAUGCAGACAUCACAAAAUACCGGCCAAAAGCAAAAAAUAGAUAAUCAUCAAGAAUGUUGCAGAGUUUGUCGGAACGAUAUUACAACGAUUUUACGUACUGUGAUAGGAAUACGACAAAUACUUUUAGAUUCAAAUCCACAUCAAAUGCACAUUCAUUAUUUUACGUGUAAAACGUUCUUUAAUUUUGUACAAGCGACAGUAAUAGCGCAUGAUAAAAGUAUUAAGAAAACUCUCGUUACUGAUCGGAAUAUUUCUAUCGCCAAUGUGCAAAAAGUAUUAAAAUCAUGGUUGCAACAUGCCGGCGAUCGAAUAAAUCGAAGACAAAAAGAAGAAAUUCAAAAUGAAUCAGUGGAUGAUUAA